AUCAGUUAAAAAGGAAACUUAGAAAAAGUGAGAGAGAAGCUUGUUGACGUGAAGAAUUCUGGAAACCAAGUCGCAACGAAAGCUCUCUGUAACCGCCACCAAACCCUAGUGAUCUAUUUGCUCGAUUGAGAUGGAACUCUUUUCUUGUUCAAAAUUUAAGAGUGAUUCGAAGUCCGAAUUUAUGUAAAAAAGCAAGAAAGGAACUCAAAAUUCAUUCUGUCGCAUAUAAGAUUUUCGAAACCCUUCUUUUCUGUAAACUUUAUUUUUCCAAUAUAAAAAGAGAGAUACAUAAAACCUAGCUGCUUUCUCAUCUAUGCUGUCUCAAUUGAAGAGGUUUGCUUAGAAUUUUAGCAUCCGAUGAGGGCAAUCAGGCUUCCUGAACCGCCUAGCGGUUCUAUUGGCAUGCCGGAGAUAUUUGAAGGCGGAGUUUACAGUGUUAUUAGGCGCGCGGUGAUAAUCGGAAAUGGUUUUGCUGGUUCGGAGAAUCAGAGUUUUGGAUUGGUUCGCGCUCUCGGGCUUUCAGAUAGGCAGUCGUUCUAUCGCGUUACAAGGCCAAGAGGAGGAAUCAAUGAGUGGCUUCAUUGGCUUCCGGUUUCUCUCCACAAAAAACUAGACUAUGUCAUUAAGCGGAUUUGUGGUGAUUCACGAUUUCUAAUUGCCGGGGCAAGGAAACUGGUUCCCCUUGCUCCUCAAAAUGGUGGGAUUUCAGGCUUGUCAACUGUUCUAGAGGCUGAUGCAAAACAUUUAGCAACAAUUGCUCGUGAGUCUUUUGAGAAGACACUGUCGCUAUGGUGUGGACCUUGCCAAGCAAUUGACUUCCUCUAUACAGAACGUGCUUGCAAGCUGUGGAAGCCUGAGAAUAUCUUUUUCUAGGAGGACUCCUCAGAAGGUCGCGAACAUUUUGAUUAAAGAACUCAGUAGUCACCCUAAGGUUUACAUUUGGGAUGGUGAAGGGCCAAACCCACAUAUGGGGCAUCUAGCAUGGGCAGACGCCUUUGUCAUUACAGCAGAUUCAGUUAGUAUGUUGAGUGAGGCAUGCAGCACAGGGAAGCCUGUCUAUGUCAUUGGGGCAGAGCGAUGUAAAUGGAAGUUCUCAGACUUCCACAAGUCUCUGCGGGAACGAGGGGUGGUUCGGCCAUUCACGGGUAAAGAGGAUAUAUCUGAGAGCUGGAGCUACCCUCCUCUUAAUGAUACAGCAGAAGCCGCAAGUCGGGUACGUGAAGCACUUGCUGAGCGGGGAUGGAGAUUGUAGGUGCAGAGAACCUUUUGAUUAAUCAGGCAUUGGCCCAUUUUUGAUUGGAUGGUUCUCAUAAUUUUUCCAUUUAGCAACCAGAAUUUGGUUAAUAUGGUUUUGAUCAUCACAUUAGUCAAAUGGAUGGUGCUUCCAAUUGCGGCCUUUGAAUUACCAAGCCAAAGAGGUGAGUUUAUUUCAUCAUCUGAUCAGAGCAGCUUUGGCCAUUUGUUCAUACGAGUUUGUUGUUGCUUAUAAACGCUAUUCAGAUCUGUUUUUCCUCUAUUUAUUUCCUCCACGGUUGAGUGUGGUGUUUUGAGAGUUACAGAAUAAAAUGGCAGCACCGGAAAUCUUUUUGAGUGUGGUGUUUUGAGAGUUACAGAAUAAAAUGGCAGCAUCGGAAAUCCUUUCCAACUUGUAAAAUAGAAAGAUGUGUAUUAACA